AUGGUAUUAGAGGCUACAGUGCUAGUGAUUGAUAAUUCAGAGUACUCCCGCAAUGGGGACUUCCCUAGGACAAGGUUUGAAGCCCAGAUUGACUCCGUAGAAUUCAUUUUUCAAGCUAAGAGAAACAACAAUCCAGAGAAUACAGUGGGACUUAUCUCUGGUGCUGGCGCUAACCCUCGAGUGCUAUCCACAUUUACCGCAGAGUUUGGGAAGAUUCUUGCUGGAUUGCACGACACGCAGAUCGAGGGUAAGCUGCAUAUGGUGACCGCGUUACAGAUUGCUCAGCUGACUUUGAAGCACCGCCAGAAUAAGGUCCAACACCAAAGAAUUGUGGCGUUUGUGUGCAGUCCAAUUAAUGAUUCUCGAGAUGAGUUAAUCAGGUUGGCCAAAUCGCUGAAGAAAAACAAUGUUGCCGUAGACAUUAUCAACUUUGGCGAGGUUGAGCACAACACAGAGUUGCUGGAUGAGUUCAUUGGGGCGGUUAACAACCCUCAAGAGGAGAGUAGUCAUUUACUUACCGUUACGCCCGGAUCUAGAUUGUUGUACGAGAACAUCGCAUCCUCUCCUAUAAUUCUCGAAGAGGGUUCCUCUGGUAUGGGUACGUUUGGUGGUUCUGGCGCAGAUUCCGAAGCCAACGGCGCAUUUAUGGACUUUGGCGUAGAUCCAUCAAUGGAUCCGGAACUAGCAAUGGCUUUGCGUCUGUCUAUGGAGGAAGAACAACAAAGACAAGAAAGGCUAAGACAACAGCAGCAACAGCAAGACCAACCCGAACAACCCGAACAACCUCAAGACAAAUAG